AAGGCUACAUCUUCAGCAUGCUAAUGUAGCGCUAGCAGAGGCCAAUGGGCAGAGGCGCAGAGCUGAGGCGGGGUCUGGCGCUAUUUGGGUGCUGAGUGCAGCCAAUGAGGAGGCUUCAGGUAGCGCAGGAUAAGUUACCACAGAACAGGAACUUUCAGUCAGUGCGUUUGCUGGUAAUACAGUGUGACCCAGCAGAAGGCAGGCAGUAGGACUGGCAGGGCUCGGCAUGGCACAGGCAGGAGCGGGGAGCCGGAGGAGGGGAGUGCAGUGCUGAAGCGGAUCCCACACAGUCAGGAGCUCACCUUUCACUAUAGGAAGACAAGGUGCACGGCUUCCCCCGGGCUCUGAGAGAAGGAGAGCCCACUCUUCAUAGUGCAACCCGUCCACCCGCUCUGCUUGUCUGAGGGGGCACCAGACCACCAUGGACAGCGCGCAUGCCAAGCCCGUGUCCGAGGUGCUCCGCCACUUCCAGGUGUAUGAGAGCUGCGGGCUGAGCACUGAGGAGGUCCGCAGGAGCCGAGAGAAGUAUGGACCGAACGAGUUACCAGCUGAAGAAGGAAAAUCUCUUUGGGAAUUAGUGGUGGAACAGUUUGAAGAUCUUUUAGUUCGCAUCCUUCUUCUAGCUGCAUUUGUGUCUUUUGUACUGGCAUGGUUUGAAGAUGGAGAAGAAACUACAACCGCGUUUGUGGAGCCUAUAGUUAUUAUUAUGAUUCUAAUGGUGAAUGCUUUUGUUGGAGUAUGGCAGGAAAGAAAUGCAGAAAGUGCCAUUGAAGCUCUGAAGGAAUAUGAACCAGAGAUGGGCAAAGUAAUCCGUGCAGACCGAAAUGGAGUACAGCGUAUCAGAGCAAGAGACAUUGUUCCUGGAGACAUCGUAGAGGUGGCAGUUGGUGACAAAGUGCCUGCUGAUAUUCGUAUUAUUGAGAUUCGAUCUACAACCUUACGCGUUGAUCAGUCUAUUCUGACAGGAGAGUCGGUUUCAGUGAUAAAACAUACAGAUCCAAUCCCAGACCCAAGAGCUGUCAAUCAGGACAAAAAGAAUAUGCUUUUCUCUGGAACCAAUAUCGCUGCUGGUAAAGCUGUUGGCAUAGUGAUUGCCACCGGUGUUUUCACAGAAAUUGGGAAGAUCAGAAACCAGAUGGUUGCAACUGAGCCAGAGAGAACCCCACUACAACAGAAGCUGGAUGAAUUUGGACAACAACUAUCAAAAGUCAUCUCAUUGGUCUGUGUGGCAGUUUGGGUCAUCAACAUCGGCCACUUUAAUGACCCUGUUCAUGGAGGCUCUUGGUUUCGUGGAGCUAUAUACUAUUUCAAGAUUGCUGUGGCUUUGGCUGUAGCUGCUAUUCCUGAAGGCCUACCAGCUGUAAUUACUACCUGUUUGGCUCUUGGUACACGUAGAAUGGCUAAAAAGAAUGCAAUUGUGAGGAGUCUUCCAUCGGUUGAGACCCUCGGCUGCACAUCGGUCAUCUGUUCAGAUAAGACUGGUACCUUGACAACCAAUCAGAUGUCUGUGUCCAGGAUGUUUAUAGUUGAGAAGAUUGAAGGAAUGAACUGCAGUCUUCACGAAUUCAGCAUCACUGGAUCUACCUAUGCUCCAGAGGGGCAAGUCUUGAAAGAUGAUAACCCUGUUCAGUGUGGGCAGUAUGACGGUUUGGUGGAACUGGCUACAAUCUGUGCACUUUGUAAUGACUCCUCUUUGGAUUUUAAUGAGUCCAAGGGAGUAUAUGAAAAAGUGGGUGAAGCAACAGAAACUGCAUUGACAUGCCUAGUGGAAAAGAUGAAUGUAUUUAAUACUGAUUUGUCCAGGCUUUCUAAGGUGGAACGAGCAAGUGCCUGCAAUUCCGUUAUAAAGAAACUUAUGAAGAAGGAAUGUACUUUGGAGUUCUCUCGCGAUCGCAAAUCCAUGUCUGUGUAUUGCUCCCCUGUUAGUUCCAGUAGCACAACAUCUGGCAGCAAGAUGUUUGUUAAGGGUGCUCCUGAAAGUGUAAUAGAGCGAUGUAAUUAUGUACGUGUGGGUUCUGCGAAGCUUCCUUUGACUCCAUCUGCUAGAGAGAGGAUCAUGUCAAAGAUCCGAGACUGGGGUUCUGGUAUGGACACACUGCGUUGUCUUGCUCUAGCUACGCGGGAUGUGCCACCAAAAUUGGAAGACAUGCUAUUAGAGGAUUCUAACAAAUUCAUAAAUUAUGAGACAAACUUGACAUUUGUUGGGUGUGUUGGCAUGCUUGAUCCUCCUCGUAAAGAAGUAACUACCUCAAUUGAGAUGUGCAAAAAAGCUGGAAUUAAAGUAAUAAUGAUAACUGGUGACAAUAAAGGCACAGCAGUGGCUAUCUGCCGGAAGAUUGGAAUUUUCUCUGACUCUGAGGACAUAACAGACAAGGCUUAUACUGGCAGGGAAUUUGAUGACCUCCCAUUAGAGGAGCAGCGGAAUGCUUGCCGUAUUGCUCGGUGCUUUGCUCGAGUGGAACCAACGCACAAGUCUAAAAUUGUAGAAUAUUUGCAGUCAUUAAAUGAAAUCACUGCUAUGACUGGUGAUGGAGUAAAUGAUGCUCCAGCUCUUAAGAAGGCUGAGAUAGGAAUUGCUAUGGGUUCUGGCACUGCAGUGGCAAAAUCAGCUGCUGAGAUGGUACUAUCUGAUGACAACUUCUCUACUAUAGUAUCUGCCGUUGAAGAAGGCCGAGCAAUUUAUAAUAACAUGAAGCAGUUCAUUCGCUAUCUUAUCUCUUCGAACGUUGGUGAAGUAGUCUGUAUCUUUCUUACUGCUAUCCUUGGCCUACCUGAAGCCCUCAUCCCUGUUCAGCUCCUCUGGGUUAAUUUGGUCACUGAUGGUUUACCUGCAACUGCUCUAGGAUUUAAUCCACCUGACCUUGACAUCAUGGACAAGCAGCCUCGUAAUCCUCGAGAGCCACUUAUCAGCGGCUGGUUAUUUUUCAGAUACUUGGCCAUCGGAGUCUAUGUAGGCUUUGCCACUGUAGGUGCUGCAACAUGGUGGUUCUUAUAUGAUGAAGAUGGACCACAGGUUACAUUCUAUCAGUUGAGACAUUUUAUGAAAUGUACUCCUGACCAUGAUUUAUUUGAGGGGAUAGACUGUGAAGUGUUUGAGUCCCGUUAUCCCACAACUAUGGCUCUUUCAGUGCUUGUAACUAUCGAGAUGUGUAAUGCCCUUAACAGCUUGUCUGAAAAUCAGUCAUUAUUAAGGAUGCCACCGUGGCUCAACUUCUGGCUCCUGGGUGCCAUUGUAAUGUCUAUGGCUCUACACUUCCUUAUACUGUACGUGAAGCCGAUGCCACUAAUUUUUCAAGUAACUCCUCUGAAUUGGAGUCAGUGGGUGGUAGUUAUGAAGAUAUCAUUGCCUGUUAUUCUGCUAGAUGAAGGGCUCAAAUAUAUAUCACGGCAUCAUUUGGAUGGUUUACUGAAGACUGUAGAACAGUCCUGGAAUGGAACUACUCAGAUUAAGUCCUCCCAUACUCAAGAACAUACUUGGAGGAAACGAUAUCCACAACACUCAGACAACAAUAUAUCUAAAUAACAUUCUCCAUCACCACAAUCCAGACUGAAGAAACCCAUAUGUCUGCAAGUCUUCAGCUGAGACUAGGAUUUCUCCACCUUCUACAGCAAUGUGGGUGGAAUAUUUAAACAAGAAAAUAAAAACAAAAAUAAAAAUAUUUGUAGCUUUUUCUGUACAUAACGGUGCAAUAACUGGACAUCUUACUCGUGGCUUGGGGAUUGAAAAAAGAAAAAGUAAUUUUGGCAGUGCAGGAUUUUGGAAGUUUGCUAGUUCUCUUAUUUAAUGUUAAGAGGUUCUUAGUCCCUGUUGGUGCUGACAUACACAUGAAAUGAUGUAACUUCAGGGAAGGCUACAAAAUGCAUUUACAGCCUGUCAUCAUGGGAAAUGGAGACGCUUCCUGCUUACAAUACUCUGUAGUCAGCUUGUAUAAAGGCAGGUCAAAGACUACAUUCACGUUUAAUGCUAUUCCACUAUAGCCAAAAAUAUCUAGUGUUGAUUGUCCGAUUUCCUUCAGCUAUGACACUGAGAAGCUGUGACAGUCACUGUGUGAAGUUUUAAGCAGUCUCACAUCUUCUUACUGCAUAUGUAUCUGUUAAGAGUUCUCUGAUGUGGCCUUCAUCCAUUUCACCAUAUCAGCACAAAUGCUUUGUCUGAGGUUUGUCUAGAUUUUUGCACUGUAAGUUGUGUGUGAAGAGUGGAAUAAGUAGUAAUGGUGUAUGGGGUCAUCAGCUGCUUUGUUUUAGUAGUUUUCUCUGAAGAUGGGACAUGGUUUUAUCGCGCCUAUAUUAGUUUUUAUAGUGGAUGACUCACACAAAGCUGCACCGCACACUAAUUUCAUAUUGGACUUUCUUAAUUACAUCUCAAAAAACAAUAGCUGAGAUUUAUAAAAUCUGGUGAUUAGGAUUCAUAUGGAAAACAGGGUCUUUAGUGAUGACAACAACCUCUGACAUUGGAUCCAUCGUCUAUACAAAACGUUUUAGAAUUCAGUCUUUCAUAAGGAAUUGCUACAUUGUACUUGUAAUAAACUUUUUGGAAUUGUGUUUUAAAAUGUUUGCAAAACAAGCAAAUAAACACAAGUUUCCCCUUCUGUGAUCUCAUUAAUGUACUGAGCUGCAUACAUUUAAAGAGAAAAUAACUGCAGCUUUAAUGGUAAUCUUAACCAUCUGAAUCAUCACACGGUUGUCGAUGUGAUUGUCAAGUGAUUUAUCUAAUCAUCAUAGUACCGAUCUUAAUCUCCUUUUUGUAAAUUGUCACCAGUUCUUUUCUAUUUUACUGUUUACUUUUUUUGCUUUUACUUGUUCUUGCUUACUUCACAGUGUGCUAUGCAGUGGCGAGGAAGUUGAUAUAUGCAGCAAUCUUCACGGUUACUUACCAUAGAAAUGUUAUAUUUUCUACUAUAAAUCAGUGGUGUAGUAUCAGUUAUAGCUGGUCCACUUUGUAAUUUGGAGUUUCUCUCGUCAUAGAGGUUGGUUAAAAGUAAUACAUAGCUAUUUUACCAGCUGAACCAAAUGGUGUCCAAAACCUUAGUCUAUGCAUGUACUUUACAGUGCAGUACAUUUUAGCCUGUUAUCUGGUGACUAGUGACAAUGACAUUUGUGGCAAGCUUCUUUGGUGGGAACAUGUUAGAACACACAAAGGAACAGAACUAACGUAGCUGUCUUAUUCGGUUAAUACUUAAAGGGGUUGUCCGGUUUCAGAGCUGAACCCAGACAAACCUCCAUUUUCACCCAGGCAGCCCCCCUGACUUGAGCAUCGGAGCAGUUCAUGCUCCAAUGCU